AACAUUAAAAUUCAAUAUGAAUCAGUGUAUCAUGCGAUUCAAUGCGAAAAUAGCGUAGCCUGCUAGCAUGGAACUCGAAUUGCUUUCGUCUUAGAAAUUAAGUUGGUAAUAAUGUCAAGAGUUAAGCAUAGGGAUAUCCCCUUAUUUUUGCAGUAAUUCCCUUAUUUAUCAGGAAUUUUUACAAUUUAAAUAACCUAGAUGAUUGAAUUUGGAAUAUAUAUUGUAUAAUUAAUAAUUGACAUUACUGUUAUUAACUCGUUAGUGGUUAACUCGAGAUUAAUUAUAUGCGAGUGGCUGAAAAGAAAAGAUAUAAAGAGACAUAUAAGAACAAAAUUAAAUGCAUGGGAGUUUUUACUAUCAAGAAGUUAUAUAAUAUGGAAAAUUUGUCAGUAACAGAAGUAAGGGAAUUUCCAUUACGGCAACAGUAUCCUAGUAUUACUUCAGUAAAUAAAAAUAAAGAUUUAUCCAACAAAAGGGUAGAAACAAAUUUAUACUUGCAAUCAUUGAUAUCGACAAAUAUAAAAACUUCAUCACAAAUUAAUUCAAAGAUGAAAGGUGAAUUUCAAAAGUUACGAUUAAAAUCACCGAGUGGUAAAGAUUUGGGAGAGUUUAAUGCGCAAGUAUUGCCUUUAAAAAACAUAAAAGGUAAAUCUGUCUUAAAACGGAAUGUAUAUAAAAACUUAAGAAAAUCUAUAUUAUUAUCAAGUCUAAUGUCAAAAGAUAAUGCCAGAAAAUUUGUAACUGUAGUACCUGUUCUAUCAAUGAAAGUUAAACAAAAUGAUAUUAAGUUAUCGAAUUUAACUAAUGUAAUAUCUUCUGAAAAAGAUGAUAGCUAUGUUGACAGCAAAAUCCGUAAACAUAAAACUGUAAUUUUAAAAAAAAUUACCACUAAUGACCAAUUUCAUAAAGAAAAACAGAAAGAUGCAAAUACUAUUGUAACAGACAAUUGUAUAAAUAAUGAAUGUAAUAAAAAGGGAGAAUCUGAAUACAAUCAAAUUCAAAGUUCAUUGGUAAAAAAUGAAAAAAACUUUAAAAAGAAAGAAAGCAAAUACUGUACUGUAAAAUUACUCGAAAACAUGGAUCAAGUAGAAAAAAAAAAUUUAUUGUCUGAAUUAUCUAAAUCUACACAAUUUUUGAAAUCUAAAAAUGUUAUAGAUUCUACAAGUUCAUUAACUACAAUUGCAAAUAAAUUAGUAAGUAUAUCUAAUGAUGCAAAUAAAAUAAUAGACCAAGGUCCUGAUUUAGAUAAUCAUAAGUCUGGUAACGGGGAAAUAAUUAAUAAUAAAAGAAAAACAUUGUUUUUAUUACCUAUAAAUAAUGAAAAUAAUUCAGAUGAAUUUUCCAAACAAAAACUAUCUAGGUCGCAAAAGGAAGGUGAUGAUUUCACAGUUUCCUCAACAUUUGUAGAUAUUUUACAAGAUGAAAGAAAUAACAAAACCAUUUCUGAAUGUAAAAAGACUUUAGAUCAAAACAUGGAGGCAGAUAAUAUAGUGUCAUUGGAUGAUAACUGUAAAAAAAAUCUUAAUUACGAUGAUUCGUUAAUUUUUAUAAAUCAUAAAGGUAAUAAUUCUGUAAUUACUAAAGCAAGCGAUAAUGAAAAUUUUAUAUCUCAAAAUAUCAAUGAUGAAUCAGAUGAAUCAGAAAAUACAUUAGACAACAAUAUACCAUGUCUAAAUGAAUUAUCUUCUAGUUGGAGUAUUAUUAAAGAAACAACGAAUUAUAUAAAAGACGAAACAAAUAAAGAAAAAGCAAUGAAAGCUAUCGAAACCUUGCAUAAUUAUAUUAUAAGGACGCAAUCGAUUCCAUUAACUAUAUCGAAAAAAUUUAAACCGUUAAAUGGCACCAAAUUAGAGGAAGAUUUAUUAUUAGAGCAUAAAAAGUUGCCUCUUACGGAUGAAAAUAUAUCUGAUGAAAAUGUAUCUGAUAUUUCAAAAAUAAAAUUAAAAGAACCCAAUGUAGCAAACAACAAUGAAAAUUGUAAUCAACGAAACAAUAUCUAUAAUGAUUUACCUUAUUCACUUGUAAAUAAAUCGCAAGAAUCUAAUGAAUAUCUAGAACAAUUUACUAAAGAUAUAUGUAAUAAAAAUAGUGGGGCUAAUAAAGUUCAACAAAUAUUAUCGCAAAAAACUACAUUUCAUAACAAAAUCUUUGAACAAUUAAAAAAAGACUUUGCAACUGUGACAAAAAUGGAUGAAAACGGAAUGUUGAAUAUACAUAAAGCUGUUGUCAAUAAUAGAAUUUGUGACGUUAAAAGAUAUCUUAUGGUACUCAAAGCUUGUAGCAUCGAUAUAGACAUACCUACGGAUUUUGAAAUGACAAGUUUGGAAUUGGCAAUUAAGCAUAAUGUGUCACCUGAAAUCGUUAAGUUAUUAUUAGAGUAUGGCGCAAAUCCUGUGUCGUCUAAACAAAUACACGAAUCAGCUUUAAUAAUUGCCAGUAAAGAGAGUUAUAUAUUAUUACCAGAAAUUAUAAAACAUGUUACAUCCGUUGAACUGUUAAAUAAUGUAGACUGUAUGGGUUUCGCCCCAUUACACUACUGUGCUCAAAAUGGUAACUUAAAAGGAAUUACCUCAUUAAUAAAUAUGGGCGCUGAUAUAAAUCUAAGAGAAAAUAGAUGUGGCAGAACUGCGCUUUUUCUUGCUGUGGAAAAUAACCAUCCUUUAAUAGCAAAAGAACUUAUUCAAAAUGGAGCAGUUAUAAAUAUUCCAAAUUUUUCUGGACAAACAAUUAUGAUGCCAUAAAAAGAUUAAAUUAAUCUAGAACCAAUCUAUAUUUCUCACAAUUGUAUAUAAACGUAUUUAAAUAGACAUGCAGUAAAUAUUUAUAUAUCGAUGAAUUUAAUACAACAGCGUAAUACGAAAUUGGUGGACUAAGCCCUCUUCUGCUUAGAAGGAAGUAAGAAGGGAAGAUAAUCGAAAAAAUCAUGAUUAAGUAUAUCAGUAAAAAUAAAACACUCUCAUGGAAGUAACUGAUACCCGAAAACGAAGACGUCGAGAAACUUAACACAUAAGGCUCUGAUCCCGUGAAAAUACGGGUUUUUAGGUCUAUCGUUUGAGCGCUGCCCCAAAAUGUUGUGGAAUUUUGUUCUUGUAUGAGUAUCUUAUACGUUAAUUUGUAUUUGUCACAGUCCAAAAACAAAACGUAUAUGAUGGUUCGGACGUAAUAAAGUAUUUUUUUUUUUUU